AUGGCAGAUGUUGAUUGGGUCCCUUCCACGCAGGGCGCCAUGGGGUCGCUGCUUUGCAAAGACUGCAGCAAUGCACCGGAGGACCUGUCCGAAGCGAAUUCCUGGCGGGGGCAACGGCCCGUGGUGGAUUCUGAGCCCGGGAAAUUUCUGAAGCAGGUGAAGCUUUUUCAACGUCUUCCGGAAGGACAGAUGCCAACGUUGGUCAGCGCAUGUGAAUCCAAAAACUUCAAUGCUGGCGAAACAGUCAUCAAGGAGGGAGACCCCGGAGAUGCUUUCUUCAUUGUCCGCUCUGGUGAGGCAGCUGUAGUGGUUGGUGGACGACAGGUCGCACUUCUGAAGGAAGGUGACUACUUCGGGGAGAAUGCUCUGCUUCGAGAUGAGCCAAGGAGUGCGACAAUCCUGGCGAAGAGCGAGCUGUUCACUUUUAGGAUCUCUCGGAACCAGUUCGAGGAGAUGGGCCUCAGGGAGAAGUUGGAUUUCCCCAUCCGAAAGGCACUGGAGAUUCACGGGUAA